UGAACAGAUAUAAUUUUAAUAUCGUACUGUUUUAUUUUCCGAAAUUUAAUACAUGUGCGAAUCUUAUUCUCGAAAUAAAUACGAGAACGGGGAACAAACGGUUACCUGGGCUGGCGUAUUACGUCGGUUUUUUUUCCGUUCCUUUUUUUCCUCUUAAACUAAUUGUUUUCGCUUUAUUUUUUCCUAUUAAAGUGAACGAAACAACCUACCAGUCUACCAGAGCGAGGAGCAUUGAGGCAAGAGUUGCAGUUUUCCGGUUUCAACCUCACCCCCUGCAUCUGCAACCACAUCAAUCCCUAAGCGAAAAGAAGAUACCAGGAUUGGCAGCCAUGGUGGGAGCCUCCACCUCCUCCUCCACCUCCUCCUGCGCCUUCUUUGGUUCCUUCGUUGAAGGCGUCGGUCCUUCCGCCGCCUCCAAACCCUCAGCCGCCUCCUCCGCCUCCUCGGUCUCCAGACUCAAAUUCGUCUGCAGCUACGGUGGUAGGAUCCUGCCCCGAUACACUGACGGCAAGCUCCGCUACUUCGGCGGCGACACCCGCGUCUUCGCCGUCGACCGCUCGGCCGCUUUCUCAGAGCUGCAGGAGAAGAUGCGAGAUUUCUGCGGGUGGACCGCGGUGGGCGUCCGGUGCCAGCUGCCGACUGAGGAUCUAGACGCCCUCGUGUCCAUCAAAUCCGACGAGGACCUCUUCAACCUCGUGGAGCUGUACGAUCUCGCCGGCCGCCAGAAGAUACGGGCGUUCUUAUUUCCCCUGGCGUCCAAGCCUUCAUCCCCUCCUUCGGCAGCCACAUCAGGUGGUGAUCGGAGCACCCUGGUUACAUCCGAUCGGUACGUCCAGAUCCCCCGGCCCGCCACGCUCGUGGGUCGGUACGCCGGCUGUCUAGGGGAUGUCCGUCGCCACGACCAUUAUCACCACCACCACCAUCAAAAUCACGGCCACAAUGUGGCGCCAUGGCCGUGCAAUUACCACCACCACCACCGCCAACACCACCACCUCGUAAAUCCUGGAAGCCACUGUAAAUAACGAGGAAUCCAGAAACAUAAGGAUCAAACGCCCUCCGCCGCCGUCGCCGUAGCCGGACGAGAA